CAACCGAACCUCCCGCCGCCGUCGCCGCCGCCGCGAGCACUGCCUGCGCACUUCCGGCCGGCGCCGCGAGCGCUUCCGGGGCAGAGCACGCGAGCGCGCGCACGUGGGGCCGGAGCGGGGAGCGAGCGCCCGGCCGCGGGAAUGGGUGAAUUUAAGGUCCAUCGGGUGCGCUUCUUUAAUUACGUUCCGUCAGGAAUCCGCUGUGUGGCUUACAAUAAUCAGUCAAACAGAUUGGCUGUUUCUCGGACAGAUGGCACAGUAGAAAUUUAUAACUUGUCAGCAAACUACUUUCAGGAGAAAUUUUUCCCAGGUCAUGAGUCUCGGGCGACAGAAGCUUUGUGCUGGGCAAAAGGACAGCGGCUAUUCAGUGCUGGACUCAAUGGAGAGAUUAUUGAGUAUGACCUGCAGGCAUUAGACAUCAAGUACGCCCUGGAUGCCUUUGGAGGACCCAUUUGGAGCAUGGCUGCCAGCCCCAGCGGCUCCGAACUCCUGGUUGGCUGUGAAGAUGGAUCUGUGAAAUUAUUUCAAAUCACUCCUGAUAAAAUCCAGUUUGAAAGAAAUUUUGAUCGGCAGAAAAGUCGCAUCCUGAGUCUCAGCUGGCAUCCCUCUGCUACCCACAUUGCAGCUGGCUCCAUAGACUACAUUAGUGUGUUUGAUGUCAAAUCAGGGAGCACUGUCCAUAAGAUGCAGGUGGAUAGGCAGUAUAUGGGUGUGUCUAAGCGGAAGUGCAUCAUCUGGGGCGUGGCCUUCCUGUCUGAUGGCACCGUCAUCAGUGUGGACUCUGCCGGGAAAGUGCAGUUCUGGGACUCGGCCACCGGGACACUCGUGAAGAACCACCUCAUCGCCAAUGCUGACGUGCAGUCCAUUGCUGUGUCUGACCAAGAAGACAGUUUCGUGGUGGGCACAGCCGAGGGAACGGUAUUCCAUUUUCAGCUGGUCUCUGUGACUUCCAGCGGCAGUGAGAAGCAGUGGGUGCGGACGAAGCCCUUCCAGCAUCACACCCACGAUGUGCGGAGCGUGGCCCACAGCCCCACAGCCCUCAUCUCCGGAGGCACCGACACCCAUUUGGUCAUCCGUCCUCUCAUGGAGAAAGUAGAGGUAAAGAAUUACGACGCCGCUCUCCGGAAAAUCACUUUCCCCCACCGCCGGCUUGUUUCCUGUUCCAAGAAGAGGCAGCUUCUCCUAUUUCAGUUUGCUCAUCACUUGGAACUUUGGCGGCUAGGAUCUACGGCUGCAACAGGGAAGAAUGGGGACACCCUUCCACUCUCUAAAGGUGCCGAUCACUUACUGCACCUCAAGACAAAGGGUCCUGAGAACAUCAUCUGCAGCUGCAUCUCCCCCUGUGGCGGCUGGGUAGCCUGUUCUACAGCUUCCCGGUUUUUCCUCUACCGAUUGAAUUAUCGGCAUGACAACAUCAGCCUCCAGAGGGUUUCGAAACUGCCAGCAUUCCUUCGCUCUGCCCUUCAAAUUGUGUUUUCUGAAGAUUCAGCAAAGCUCUUCGUGGCCUCAAACCAAGGGUCUCUGCAUGUCAUUCAGCUGUUGGAAGGAAGUUUCAAGCACCUGCACACUUUCCAGCCUCAGUCAGGGUCUGUGGAGUCCAUGUGUCUUUUGGCGGUCAGUCCAGAUGGGAACUGGCUGGCUGCAGCGGGUACCAGUGCCGGCGUCCAUGUGUACAGCCUGAAGCAUCUAAAGCGUCACUGCACGGUGCCUGCUUACAACUUCCCCGUGACUGCUCUGGCCAUUGCCCCCAACACCAACAACCUGGUGAUCGCGCACUCUGACCAGCAGGUGUUUGAGUACAGCAUCCCAGACAAACAGUACACAGAGUGGAGCCGGACCAUCCAGAAACAGGGUUUCCAUUACCUUUGGCUCCAAAGGGAUACUCCCAUCACACACAUCAGCUUUCAUCCCAAGAGGCCGACGCACAUCCUUCUCCACGACACCUACAUGUUCUGCAUCAUCGACAAGUCGUUACCUCUUCCAAAUGACAAAACGUUACUCUACAAUCCACUUCCUCCUACGAACGAAUCAGAUGUCAUCAGGAGACGCACAGACCAUGCCUUUAAAAUUUCUAAGAUAUAUAAGCCCCUGCUCUUCAUGGACCUUCUGGAUGAGCGGACACUGGUGGCGGUCGAGCGGCCCCUGGAUGACAUCAUCGCCCAGCUCCCACCACCCAUUAAAAAGAAGAAAUUUGGAACUUAAAACCGGGCACUGGCUGUGUCCUUCCUUGAACUGUCUACCCUGUUUGUUUUCACAAAUCAUGAUAAUAAAACAAAGUUAUUCUUUA